AUCCAUCUUGGUUUUCAUAGCCAAGGGCAGAGCAAACAGCAUAUAUCUUAGGGUGGAAGAUGGAUAAAUAAUUCUGUCACACGGCCCUGGCCUCUGGAGCUCAGCUGCGAGUCCAUGUCGAGGGAAUCUUAGCAUCUGGGACCAAGACACUUUACAGCAAUCAUCACCCUUUGCAGAGGAGGUGAGAUCACCAGGACUCAUCUGCCAUUUCAGACCUUUUGCUGCUACCUGCCAGGUGGCCCCCACUGCUGACAAGAGAUGGUGGAUCUCCCAGUCUCCCUGGACUCCUUGAAGCCAGUAUCUCUGACCAGCAGUCUUGUCUUCCUCAUGCACCUCCUCCUCCUUCAGCCUGGGGAGCCGAGCUCAGAGGUCAAGGUGCUAGGCCCUGAGUAUCCCAUCCUGGCCCUCGUCGGGGAGGAGGUGGAGUUCCUGUGCCACCUGUGGCCACAGCUGGAUGCCCAGAAAAUGGAGAUCUGCUGGUUCCAGAGCCACACCUUAAAUGUGGUACACCUGUACCAGGAGCAGCAGGAGCUCCCUGGCAGGCAGAUGCAGGCGUUCCGGAACAGGACCAAGUUGGUCAAGGACGACAUCGCCUAUGGCAGCGUGGUCCUGCAGCUUCACAGCAUCGUCCCCUCCGACAAGGGCAUAUAUGGCUGCCGCUUCCACUCCGACAACUUCUCUGGCGAAGCUUUCUGGGAACUGGAGGUAGCAGCGCUGGGCUCAGACCCUCACCUCUCCCUUGAGGGCUUCAAGGAAGGAGGCAUUCAGCUGAGGCUCAGAUCCAGUGGCUGGUACCCCAAGCCUAAGGUUCAGUGGAGAGACCACCAGGGACAGUGCCUGCCUCCAGAGUUUGAAGCCAUCGUCUGGGAUGCCCAGGGCCUGUUCAGUCUGGAAACAUCUGUGGUUGUCCGAGAGGGAGCCCUCAGCAACGUGUCCGUCUCCAUCCAGAAUCUCCUCUUGAGCCAGAAGAAAGAGUUCGUGGUCCAGAUAGCAGACGUGUUUGUACCCGGAGCCUCUCCGUGGAAGAGCGCGUUCGUCGCGACCCUGCCGCCGCUGCUGUUGGUCCUCGCGGCGCUGGCCCUGGGCUUCCUCCAGAAGCAGCGGAGAAGCCGAGAAAAGCUGAAGAAGCAGGCGGAGAAGAGACAAGAGAAGCUCACUGCAGAGCUGGAAAAGCUUCAGACAGAGCUUGACUGGAGACGGGCUGAAGGCCAGGCUGAGUGGAGAGCAGCCCAAAAAUAUGCAGUGGAUGUGACUCUGGACCCGGCCUCGGCGCACCCCAGCCUGCAGGUGUCGGAGGAUGGCAAGAGCGUGUCUUCCCGCGGGGCGCCGCCAGCCCCGGCGCCUAGCCACCCGCAGCGGUUCUCGGAGCAGACGUGCGCGCUGAGCCUGGAGCGGUUCUCCGCCGGCCGCCACUACUGGGAGGUGCACGUGGGCCGCCGCAGCCGCUGGUUCCUGGGCGCCUGCCUGGCCGCGGUGCCGCGCGCGGGGCCUGCGCGCCUGAGCCCUGCGGCCGGCUACUGGGUGCUGGGGCUGUGGAACGGCUGCGAGUACUUCGUCCUGGCCCCGCACCGCGUCGCGCUCACCCUGCGCGUGCCCCCGCGGCGCCUGGGCGUCUUCCUGGACUACGAGGCCGGAAAGCUGUCCUUCUUCAACGUGUCCGACGGCUCCCACAUCUUCACCUUCCACGACACCUUCUCGGGCGCGCUCUGUGCGUACUUCAGGCCCAGGGCCCACGACGGCGGCGAACAUCCGGAUCCCCUGACCAUCUGCCCGCUGCCGGUUAGAGGGACGUGCGUCCCCGAAGAGAACGACAGUGACACCUGGCUACAGCCCUAUGAGCCCGCGGACCCCGCCCUGGACUGGUGGUGAGGCGCCCUCGUGGCCGCAGGACUGGCCCCGGGAGGCUCCCUGGAUCCCAGGCCAGCGCUUUGCUCUCCUGCUCCGUCUGAAGGGAGCAGGUGCACCAGCCAAAAUGUCAGCGAGGGGGACAAAGAGAGAGACCUUUGCCUACGUAGAUGUGUAUGUGUAAUGCGAUUUUCUUCAAGGAAAGGAGACAAGUCAAAGCUCGUUUGUGGAUUGUGGGACUGAGCGAAGGAGUACAAAUAUAUCCACGUCGCUGAGAGCCGGGAUGCUCACGGUGGGCGGUGCGAAAGAAGCCAGCAUGGAAGAAAAAAGGGAGAAAACUUUGGCGACUGCAUUAGAGGGAUCAGUUAAUUUGUAUAGUUUUAUAUUUUUUGUAUAUGUUUGCUAGCUCUAAAAAGGUCGAGAUGCAAUAACACUUCGUAAGCAACGAGUUCACCUAAGUAAGGCUCAGAUCCUAGUUUUAAAUACCAUUUCCCAUUAAAAUGAAGUCGGAGGAACAGCUGCUUCUGGGGCCGGGGCAAAAAUUUCAAGGUGAGCCUGGAGCAUUGUGUGUGGUAAAGUAAAAUAAGGGCUCAAAACGUGACGGCAACCCGGCAAAAGGGUAGGGAGCCAGGCUGAAGGGGCCUCACUGACCAAUUGUGGGACAAUUUGAACAUCAGGAUGAAUAAUGACAGGAGAGAUUAUAACACACUGAAUAGAAACAUAAUCCAUGAGUUCAUGCUGAUACUCAAAUUUCUUUUUAAAAAGGAGAAACAGGAAGGUUUCUUUUGGAGGUGAAAUCUAAUUAUUGGUGAGAGUCUUUUGGAGAACAGGCUGUUUCCAGUCUCAAAGCAGUAACCUUAUACACUACUUAUAAGUUUGAAAGGGGAAAGGUUACCUUUACAAUGGAGACAUCUACCAGAUCAUCCAAGUGAUUAAAUUUAACAUCAUCAAUGAUGGGACCAAGGACAUUAUUAGUUUGACAAUUGGGGAAAAUGAAACAGGAACAGGAUAUCAUUGGAGAAGUGUUCUUCACCCCCUACCCCCAAGACAGUCUCUCUGUCGGCCAGGCUGGAGUGCAGCCUCAACCUCCCGGGCCCAAGUGAUCCUCCCACCUCAGCACACAACACCAUGCCCAGCUAAUUUUAAGUGCGUUAUACAGACGGGGGUCUCACUUUGUUACCCAGGCUGGUCUCAAACUCCUGCGCUCAAGCAAUCCUCCCACCUGGGCUUCCCAAAAUGCUGGGUGUACAGGUGUGAGCCGCUGUGCCCGGCUUCAUUUUCAGAGUGAGACAUUUGUACUGUGGCUAUGUAGGAGAACAUUCUUAUUCUUAGCAAACAUACUGAAGUUUUUAGAUAUUAAUUACCACAGUGUCUGCCACUGAAUUUCCAGUGACUAAGUGGAAAAAUAUAAAACAUAUGAAUAUAAAGAAAGAGACAAGUCAAAUGUAGCAAAAUGACAACACUUGGUGACUCUAGGUGACUGGUCGACAGAUGUUCAUUGUAUUAUCAAUGUGGCUUUGCUGUGGGUUUGAAAUUUUGCAAACUAAGAGUUGGGUGGCGGGGAGAAGGAUACACCAAAAAACUAAGUGAUUAUCUUUGGAUGGGAAAAUGUUUGGUAAUUGCAUUCUUAAAAUGUCUUCUUUGUAUUUUUUAAUGUUCAAUAAUGUAUAUGUAUCAGUUCUGUAAUAAAGGGGAAAACACUGUUGU